GCAGAUGACGCGCAGGCGGAACCGCUACUUCCUGGAUCCGCCGGCCGGUGCCGCUGCCGCACCCUGCGCCGGAGCCGGGAACCUGCGGCCGCCGCCAUGUCCCACCAGACCGGCAUCCAAGCAAGUGAAGAUGUUAAAGAAAUCUUUGCCAGAGCCAGAAACGGGAAAUACAGACUUCUGAAAAUAUCUAUUGAAAAUGAACAGCUUGUGAUUGGAUCAUGUAGUCAGCCUUCAGAUUCCUGGGAGAAGGAUUACGAUUCCUUUGUUUUGCCUCUGCUGGAGGACAAGCAACCGUGCUAUGUAUUAUUCAGGUUAGAUUCUCAGAAUGCCCAGGGAUAUGAAUGGAUAUUCAUUGCAUGGUCUCCAGAUCAUUCUCAUGUUCGUCAAAAAAUGUUGUAUGCAGCAACAAGAGCAACUCUGAAAAAAGAAUUUGGAGGUGGCCACAUUAAAGAUGAAGUAUUUGGAACAGUAAAGGAAGAUGUUUCAUUACAUGGAUAUAAAAAGUAUUUGCUGUCCCAGUCUUCGCCUGCCCCACUGACGGCAGCAGAGGAAGAAUUACGACAGAUUAAAAUUAAUGAGAGCCCAGAGGAUCAUAUUGGGGUACAGACUGACGUGGGUGUAGACACAAAGCAUCAGACACUACAAGGAGUGGCGUUUCCUAUUUCUCGAGAUGCUUUCCAUGCUUUGGAAAAACUGAGCAACAAAGAACUCAACUAUGUACAGUUGGAAAUAGAUAUAAAAAAUGAAACAAUAAUUUUGGCCAACACAACAAAUACAGAACUAAAAGAUUUGCCAAAGAGGAUUCCCAAGGAUUCAGCACGUUACCAUUUCUUUCUGUACAAGCAUUCUCAUGAAGGAGACUACUUAGAGGCCAUAGUUUUUAUUUAUUCAAUGCCUGGAUACACGUGCAGCAUAAGAGAGCGGAUGCUGUACUCCAGCUGCAAGAGCCCUCUGCUGGAGAUCGUGGAGAGACAGUUACAGAUGGACAUAAUCAGAAAGAUUGAGAUAGACAAUGGGGAUGAACUGACUGCAGACUUCCUUUAUGACGAAGUACAUCCUAAGCAACAUGCACAUAAACAGAGCUUCGCUAAACCUAAAGGUCCUGCAGGAAAGAGAGGGAUCCGGAGACUGAUUAGGGGUCCAGCAGAAGCAGAAGCCACUACUGAUUAAGAUUGGUUUAUGAAGUGUUGCAAUAUAGUUUUGUAAAAUUCCAGCUUUUAGUACACGGAGAACUGAAAUCAUUCCAUGUUGAUAUAGUUGGGAAGAAAAUUGUACUUUUUGAAAAAUAGCACUUUUCACUUCUAUGUAUUUUUUAAAUGAAUGCUAUAGAAGACUCAUGAUUUCUAUUUUUUAGUUACUCUAGACAAGGCUUCAACAUAGUCGUGUUUGGUUUUGUUACACUGUUUUCCUAGCGUGUUGAUUCCACACUUUCACACCCUCUCCAAUAUUUUACAUAGGCAAGCCGGCUCCAGAACGCCUGAGGACUUGCUGUUUAGUCCUCUGCAGUGAGGUCUGAGUUUCCCUGAGAUACUCGCUUCUCAAUGAGUGUGUUCAGGAGCCUGGGAAAGGCAGGAAACCUCAUACUCUGAGAGCUGUGUUCACACUGGGAUUGUCUGCAGCGCUGAGGGACAGCAGUGCUUCCUAGUUGACCUUUUGUUUUUAAUAGCAUUAAAAUUUCAGAAAAUCAGUUCCUUCUGAAGCUUUAAGGUACCAGAAUAUUGCAGGGUUUCUGAUGGCACUGAAAGACUACAUUUGUAAGGUCUUUGCAGAGCUUUCGAAAUGUCCGUUUCCAAAGUGACUCCUUCUUCGUAAGUACUGUGAAGCCAGGCGUCCAUGUUCAGAUCGAAGUCCAAGUAUCAUUCAAAAGGAAACAAAACUAAAGUGAAAACUGUUCCAGGUUUUCUGUUUUUUCCCCUUGGAAACCAUGUGUCUUAAAAGCAAAUUGUCUUACCACUUGGGAGCAAGUAUUCAGAUCUGAGAUUAUCAAUUUCUUGUGCUUAGCAGGUUAAUCCAGAUAAUACUUAGCUUAAGAAUCUUAUUUCAGUUAAUAACUUCUGUCAAAGCAUAUUUUCUGAAGCUUUGUAUUUUCAGUUACAAUCUAGAGAUAUUUGAGCCUCAGAGUUCUUUGAUACUUGAAGUAGAGGGAGUUAAACACUUCAUUUUUAAUCUGCUAAACCUGCUGCAGAGCCAUAACUUGGAGGAGUUUUGAAAUGGACUGUGGUAUUCAGGAUUUGGAAGUCCUUGAUCUGAAUUUCAUGCUGCAUAAGAUAAAUGUCAGAAAUACACAUUUCAUGGUUGGAAUUUGAAGCGCUCAUUGCAAAGCCUUAUUACCGGAGAUAAGACAUGCACCUUUCAGAAAUUCAGUUGUAAUCACAGAAACCAUAUGAGAUGAGUUACGGACUGAUGGUGUUUUUAAAAAUAGAUUUGAGCAUUUGUGUGUUUUGUUUGUUUACAGAUACUUAGGCUUUACUAUUUAUGCAGAACAAUUGACAGUAAUGUUGCACUUGUUUACUAGAGGUAAACUUUUAGUUUUGUGUGUGCACACAUAGUCACAGAUGCCCACAGAUUGCUGCGGUGAGAGUCCUGGAGCCAUGUUGCAGACCUUCUCCAAACGCUGCCAUUUUCAAGCAGAGGGAGUCCUAUCAUGAAGAUCCAGUCAGUGGUGACUGCUCUGAAGCGUUGGUGUGCAGUUAUGCUCUGAAUUCCUUACACUACAUCAAAGUAAAUGCACAUUCCAGAAUAUAGAUGUGAUCGUGUAACCUUACUAAUGAUUAAACCAAUGAUUGCUGAGAAUCAGUUAUGCAUUUGUUUUAGGGUAUAACUCAUUGUUUACAGUAUGUUUUAGGUGACAAUAGAUGUGAAUAACAUUCCCAAUAAAUUUAUAUAGCAGUGAAAAA